CACCGCCCGUCUGCUGGGGCAGGGCUUCAUGACGGCGUUCGUCCGCUCCCGACACUAUAAAAGCCUACUGCCGGCACUCGGCGCACUAGUCGAGCGCAUCCGGUUCUGCAGACUACCAGGGUAUCACGAAUCGCACGAUGAACAAGUUUCUGGUGAUGUUCGCCAUGGUGCUGGUGGUGGCGCUGUGUGUGUCACCACUGUGGGCCAGUGCUGAGGCAGACCACCAUGGUGGCGGCCACCAAGGGGGCUACCACCAAGGGGGCUCCCACCAAGGGGGCUACCACCAGGGACAGCACCACGGUGGGGGAAGCAGCCACCACGACUCUCACCACGGCGGCGGCGGCGGCCAUGACUCGCACCACGGCCACCACGGCUGAAGCGCCGAGGCCGGCGGGUCCCCAGCUGGCUUCCACCGCUCCAGUUCCACACAUAACAAAUAAAAUCCACAUGUAGCUCCUAGUAAAAUAUUUUAUGGAAAAAAUCUAAAUUAUAGAGUGUCUUAAGACGUGACUGUCAUCUGUAUGAAAUGCUCAAUAAAAUAUAGUUUCUCGUGUGGUGA